AUGUACCCGAGACCUGAAAUACAAAAAGCUCAACACGGUGUCUCUGAAGUAUCUGUUGACGGACGUUUUGAACGUCUGCAUUUUCGUUUGUUUGUUGUAGUAAUAAUUCCGAUGAAAUUUCUAUGCGUCUUGAGCAUUCUUCUGUCCAAUACAUCUUUUUUAAUCAUGGUGUAUCCUCACUUUUAUUUGACAUCCCAAUACUUGCUCAACUCAGUUUAA